UUUCGUGUCUCCGAUGUUAUAAAAGAUCGCUCGCCAUCGAACAACCGGAUCAUUUCGUCACAAUGUGGCUAACAACGACUCUAAUAAUUUCCCUCGGAAUUUCGGCUUGCUUAGCACUUCCAGGGCACGCGAUCGGGAGAAUCGUAAACGGGACGGAUGCUGAACCGGGAGAAAGACCGUUUCAGAUAUCCCUGCAAACGACCGGCCGCUUCCACUUCUGCGGAGGUUUCAUUCUGAACGCACAUUACGCCGUAACGGCGGCCCACUGUCUUACAGACGCGACCGCGUGGGAUUUGCUCGUCGUUGUCGGCACCAACGACAUUGGCGAAAAUCGAGGGAUCGUCAGAUCCGUUCGACGAAUCAAGGUUCACGAGAACUACGACCUUGAGGACGCUUUGAGGAACGACAUUGCUCUAUUGGAGCUGACAGAAUAUCUGCCCGAGAUUCCCAACGUGGUAGAGUACGGUAAGCUUCCCGACGCGGACCAGAGUCCCGCGAUAGGAGACGACGCCGUGGUUUCUGGAUGGGGGGAAGACGAAAAUGGUCAGUUUCCGAAGUUGCUACAGGUAGCCACACUCGAGAUAUCCGAUCAGGAUGACUGCAAAAAAAUAUACAAUGAUUCCUUUAACGUGGAAGUCGACGAGACGCAGAUCUGCUCUGUUCUUCCGGAAGGAGGAAAAGGAUCCUGUCAUAGUGAUUCCGGAGGACCUAUGACCGUUAAUGGUGUAGUAACGGGCAUCGUCUCUUGGGGGGCUGGAUGUGGGCAAAAAGGAUAUCCUGACGUGCUCCUCAGAGUAUCUAAAUAUCUGGAUUGGAUAAAAAAUAAUGCAGUCUAAAUGACACGAGAAGAGAAUCAGCAAAAAUUGUUCAGGAGUAAAAAAAAGGCGCAAUAAAAUUUAAAUACCU